AUGCUCAUCACUGUCUCUCGUUUAAUCACUGUCGUUACUCUUCCUCUCUCGCUCAUCACUUCUGUCUACGGUCUUGCUCUUGGAUUCCCAUAUGGCUCACAGAAGGUACGAGGGGUGAACCUUGGUGGCUGGCUUGUGCUUGAACCCUGGAUAACACCCUCUCUAUUCGACAAUACCCACGACCCCCGUAUUAUCGACGAAUAUACAUUUGGACAAUAUCAGGAUCACGAGGUUGCGUUAAGAACUCUACAGCAUCACUGGGAUACUUGGAUUACAGAGACUGAUUUUGCUGCUAUUGCAGCUGCAGGACUCAAUCAUGUCCGCCUUCCAAUCGGAUACUGGGCAUUCGACGUCUCGGCUGGAGAACCGUACAUUCAAGGACAACUCCCAUACCUCCUAAAAGCCGUACAGUGGGCACAGCACCACGGACUCAAGGUCAUAGUCGAUCUUCAUGGUGUCCCUGGAAGCCAGAAUGGUUUUGAUAAUUCUGGAGAAAAGAUGACAUUCCCACAAUGGCAAACACAACAAUCAUACAUUGAUCGUUCCAAGGCCAUCAUUAAGACAUUGGCGUCCAUGUUUAAGGAUUCCACUGGAACCGUUCCAAUCAUUGCCCCUUUGAACGAGCCUGCUGGUUUCGACGGACAAGCUAUCCUAGAUGCUACCAAACAGUAUUGGUAUGACAGCUACGAUAUUGUUCGACGCCCAUACGCAGAUCAGGCUAGAGACAGCAACACAGUCGUUAUGAUACAUGACGCGUUCCAACCAGCUUCCUACUGGAAGGAUUUCAUGCCAGCGCCUAAAUGGGAUGGCGUUAUUCUGGACACUCAUGUCUAUCAAAUGUUUUCUGAUGCUGAAAACCAUAGAACUUACGAGGAACAUAUCCAAGCAGCUUGUGCCAAAAGCUCUGACCUAACAUCUGGAACCUUGUGGACAGUUGUAGGCGAGUGGACACCAGCAGGAAAUGACUGUGCCAAGUAUCUCAAUGGCCGAGGUGUUGGCGCACGGUACGAUGGGAGCUAUUCUGGAUCUUCACGCGUCGGGAGCUGCGUUGGAGUCAGUGGCAAAGCGUGGUCCUUUACUGCUGACUACAAGACCUUCCUUCGCCAAUAUUGGGAGGCUCAAGUUAUAACGUUUGAAAAAGCCCAAGGCUGGAUUCAGUGGACCUGGAAGGCGGAAGAGGCCGAUGAUUGGUCUUACAAAGCUGGUUUGGACUACGGUUGGAUUCCUAGAAACCCCACUGAUCUAAGAUACCGCAACAUCUGCGGGUAG